UAGGGGGCAGCAGCGGCCACGCAGACAGGAAGUCUUCAGUGAAGCCCCGGGUUUGUGCUGACGCGUCCCUCUUUCCUCUUUCUUCCGACGUGUCAGUCCUCUUGUGUCCAGAACCGAGGAGCUCACAGACCGUUCAACUCGCAGAUAUGCCCCCGAAAGGCAGCGCCAAGCAGCAGUCAGAGGAGGACCUGCUUCUCCAGGACUUCAGCAGGAAUCUGUCCGCAAAGUCCACCGCUUUGUUUUACGGAAAUGCUCUUAUCGUCUCCGCCAUCCCCAUCUGGCUGUUCUGGAGGAUCUGGCACAUGGACCUCGUCCAGUCUGCCGUCCUGUAUGCUGUGAUGACCCUGGUCAGCACAUACCUGGUCGCAUUCGCCUACAAAAAUGUCAAGUUUGUGCUCAAACACAAAGUUGCCCAAAAACGUGAAGACGCCGUUUCCAAGGAGGUUACCAGAAAGUUGUCAGAGGCAGAAAACCGCAAGAUGUCCCGCAAAGAGAAAGACGAGAGGAUUCUGUGGAAGAAGAACGAGGUAGCAGACUAUGAGGCCACCACCUUCUCCAUCUUCUACAACAACACGCUCUUCUUGGUCCUCGUCAUCGUCGCCUCCUUCUUCUUGCUGAAGAACUUCAACCCCACAGUCAACUACAUUCUGUCCAUCAGCGCCUCCUCAGGACUCAUCGCUCUGCUGUCAACAGGCUCAAAGUAACGGACCAGGGCGUGGACGUGGGAAGGACCUGGGCUGGGGGGUGGGAGGGGAGGGGGUUUCCACUUGGGAAUAGGAUGCAUCCGGGGAUUGAAAUCAAACACUUUCCUGGAUCAAAUGUCUGGAGGCUGCCUCUCCGGGUCCAAUUUUUUUGUAAAAUAAAAAGAUGAAAGGAC